AGAGCCGGCUGUGGCGGCGGCAACAUGGCUGACUUGAUAAGUGUCGGCGUGAACCUGGAGGCAUUUUCCCAGGCCAUUAGUGCCAUCCAGGCGCUGCGCUCCAGCGUGAGCAGGGUGUUCGACUGCCUGAAAGAUGGCAUGAGGAACAAGGAGACGCUGGAGGGCCGGGAGAAGGCCUUCAUCGCGCAAUUCCAGGACAACUUGCAUUCGGUCAACCGGGACCUCAACGAGCUGGAACGCCUGAGCAAUCUGGUGGGCAAGCCGUCCGAGAACCACCCGCUCCAUAACAGCGGGCUGCUGAGCCUGGACCCCGUGCAGGACAAAACGCCUCUGUACAGUCAGCUCCUCCAGGCGUACAAGUGGUCGAACAAGCUGCAGUACCACGCCGGUCUGGCAUCAGGCCUUCUGAACCAACAGUCCCUGAAGCGCUCUGCUAACCAGAUGGGAGUCUCAGCGAAGCGCAGGCCGAAGGCCCAGCCCACCACUCUAGUCUUACCGCCUCAAUACGUCGAUGACGUGAUCAGCCGCAUCGACAGGAUGUUUCCAGAGAUGUCCAUCCAUUUGUCCAGACCCAACGGAACAUCAGCAAUGCUUCUGGUGACCUUGGGGAAGGUGCUGAAAGUGAUUGUCGUCAUGCGGAGCCUGUUCAUCGACCGGACGAUUGUGAAGGGGUUCAGUGAAAAUGUCCACACGGAAGACGGCAAGCUGGAUAUAUGGUCCAAGUCGAACUAUCAAGUGUUCCAGAAGGUGACAGACCACGCCACCACUGCCCUGCUGCACUACCAGCUGCCCCAGAUGCCGGACGUCGUGGUCAGGUCCUUCAUGACCUGGCUGCGGAGUUACAUAAAGCUGUUCCAGGCCCCCUGCCAGCGCUGCGGCAAGUUUCUGCAGGACGGCCUCCCGCCCACCUGGAGGGACUUCCGGACCCUCGAGGCCUUCCACGACACCUGCCGGCAGUGACCCGCCCUCACUGCCCAGUGUCAGUGCAGGGUCCCCGCAACCCCCGCCCCACCCCCAGGUGUGAAACAGCGUGUCGUUCUCGGGGCCGAGCCUCUGGAGGAGCAGACGCCGUCUCUGUGCUGCACCUUCGCAGGCAUGUGGGAGGCGGAGAGGACCCCGUCAGGCCGCAGCAGGGGCCCAGCCGGGGACUCCGCUGGUGGGAGCUCGCUCCCAGUGUCCCAGGGUUGUGGGUUCGAGCCCCGGUCGGGGCUCACACCGGGGUCAACCAGCGAGUGCAUCAAUAAGUGGACAACAGAUGGAAGUUUCUCUCUCUCCGUACCCCACUCCCCCCGCCUCUGAAAUAAGUCACACAGCACGCUCUUCUGCAUAUGUGAUACCCGUGACCUGGCGCCCCUGGGUCUGGGCUCCGAGUCAUGCCCACGAGCCUGGAGGUCCAGACGAGCCCCCGUGUGCAUGCGUGUUGUCGGGCUGGCUGUUCGGCUCUGCUCUGUGACUAUUUUUGUAAGCAAUAAACCUUCUUGUCCACAA